AUGGACCCCGCUGGUAACAUUCCGCUAGGGGAUGCGUCCGCAGCCGGAUUCCAUGAACACACAACUAAUGCUCGCGACGGUUCGCCGAUGACUGCGUAUGAGGAGGUCCUUGAGCGUAACCGGAGUCGCUUGCCUGACAAAAACAGUGGACCACAAAUAAAGCCCUCAGCUGGCGACCGCUCCGUCGUUUCCCAUGCCCACGUGGGCAAAGACCAAGCGCCGGUAGGUGUGCAAUUUUUUGAUUGUCCACUUAUUCGACGCUGA